ACCGUGCUGCGCUUUCCUAUAAUAAAAAAUGGAUUCACAUCCCAUAGGUAUUGCAAUACCCCACAAAUCCCAGCCACCCAUUUAAUCUAAAGACUCAUUUACUUGACACCUCAUCAUACCAGGCUGGCAAUCCGUGUGCUCAGCUCUUUGCCAAUUCAAUUUGCUCUCUCCUCACUGCUUCCUACCUAAGCUUCUCAUCAGAUCCAAAAAAAUUCCAAAUGUUUCCAUCUUCCACCAAACCUUUGUCUAUGGCUGAAUCUCCAUGGCUAUAGCUAGCAGCCACCAAAUCCCUCACCACAACCGGUGAUGCUUGCCGCUAUGGCAUUCGCCUCGUCUCACUAUUUCUCUCUCUCUCUCAUCUGGGUUUCUCUGUUUUCUCCUUCUCUCAAGCCCAGCCGUGGCCGAGCUUCUGCUUCCACUCACACCUAUCGCCGUUGGCGGUGCUUCUCAUCGGCGUCACAGCCACUGGUGGCCGCGGGUCCAGCUCUCUUAUUCUUUAUUUUCAUUCUCUUUUAUUUAUUUUCAAUUUUUUUUUGCCUUUUAGAUAAGACUGAAACCCCUUUGACACUCAUUUUGUUUCCUUUUUUAUUAGUUUAAUGAAUAACAUUUUUUUUCAGUUUUGAUUAGCUUGAUGAAUGGGUUUUCUUGUUUGGAUUUCUGGUAUUAGCAAUAACUGUUAUUAUUGGCAUUUUUAAAGCUGGUUUUUGGGUGGGCAUUGAAGAUAUUUGUUGAAGUGCUUUAUAGAGUUUUAGUUUAUCUCUCUGUAUUCUGCCUUUUUUUGGAUUUUUAUGCUAAAACUGUGAUGCUAUGUGUAUGGAAAUUGGACUUUUUUUUUAUUAGCUUGAUUAAUGGGUUUUCUUGUUGAGUGUAAAGCUUGAUGGUUUUGCUUGAGUUUGAAAAUUGGGGCUUUGCAAUAUGGCCGAAUCUGUUGUGGUUGAAUGAAUAUGGGUUUUCUUGUAAUUGUUGUGUGUAUGGGUCUCUUGGCUUUGGCAUUUUGGAAAUGUUGAUACUAAAUCUAUGAUUUUUUCCUCUGAUCCAGAUUUCUUUGCCUAAGAGUAUCCAUUUCUUAUUCCUUAGUUUCUUUCACUGAAACAGAACUAUGAUUCUUAGCUUGAUAAUAAUUUCUUAGUUUGAAGUUUGUCACAAUGGAUCAGUUUUUUCUCAUUCCCUAUGUUACUGCUGUGGUUUGAGUUGUGAAAUGCACUGAAGAUGUUUGAGAAAAUAUACCUACUGAAAUCCAACUUAUUUGGUCUUGGGUGUCUGUGUUUCCCUAGGUUAUCAAUUAAGUAGAGUGGUGUAUGUGUUCGUUUUGACACUUUAAUGAUCUGAAAUCUGGUUUAUUUGAUGGAAAACCAAAUUGUGCCCACUUUGGCUACCAACCAUAAGAGGAAGGAGGUCAUUAAAUAUGUGCAACGUCUCAUUAGGAAACGUGUUGGAUGUGAGAUUUGUGCUUAUUUUUACAGGUCUUCCUAUAUGGAUAACAUAUCUUCCUGAUGGAGAUAUUGAUUUGACUACCCUUAGUUGUCCAAGUGUUGAGGAUGCCUGGGUAUCUGAUGUUCAUGCUGUUCUGAGGGAAGAAGAACAUAAUGAAGCUGCUCGGUUUGAAGUGAAGGAUAUCCAUUGCAUUGAUGCUGAGGUUAAGCUUGUGAAAUGCAUUGUACAGAAUAUCGUGGUAGAUAUAUCGUUCAAUCAGUUAGGAGGACUUUGUAUGCUUUGUUUUCUUGAACAGGUUGAUCGUCUUGUUGGUAAAGAUCAUCUCUUUAAGCGCAGCAUUAUUCUGAUAAAAGCUUGGUGCUAUUAUGAAAGUUGUAUUCUUGGUGCCCAUCAUGGUUUGCUUUCAACCUAUGCUUUGGAGACAUUGGUCCUUUAUAUUUUCCAUCAAUUUCAUUCUUCCCUAAAUGCACCUUUAGCAGUUCUUUACAGAUUUUUAGAUUACUUCAGCAGAUUUGAUUGGGAAAGUUAUUGUAUUAGUUUAAGUGGACCAGUUUGUAAAUCUUCUCUACCUGAUAUUGUAGCUGAGGUACAAGAAAAUGGGGGAGAUGAUCUAUUGCUAAGUGAAGAAUUUGUCAGAAACUGUGCCGAGAUGUUCUCAGUGUCCCCAAAGGGUUCUGAGACGAAUUCAUGAGCAUUCACCCAGAAGCAUCUUAACAUUAUUGAUCCACUUAAAGAAAACAACAACCUUGGGCGUAGUGUCAAUAGAGUGGUGUGAUGACUACAGAGAACCCGCAAAAUAUUAACGGAGAAGAUUGCUCAGUUGAAUUCAGCCAUAGACGAUGUUUCUGCUCAGCUUCAUGGAGAUGAUGCCCCUAAUGGAGCUGCAGUGAAUUCAGAUGAAGUUGGAGCUUCAAUGUAACAGAAUAUUUGUUGUAAUUGCCAUAUAAACCGUCACUACUUGCGUGUGAUUAGUACUGGAAAAACAAUGUUUUGAAUCCUUUAUCCGUUUUAAUUUUCUAUUCGGUUAAUAAAUUCAGGUUGAUUUUACUUAUAUAA